AAGCCAAGACCCCCCACCCUAGUUGGGUUUGGAGGGGGAUGGGGCUUUGCCCUGAAGAAACAACAGGGUUGAGUUUCUGGAGUCAGUUGGUCCCCAGAGAGUGGCAAAUAGUUACACACACACACACACACACACACACACACACACACACACACACACACAAAAGUCCUAGGGAACAGGGCUUGCCAGGAACCAGGAGCCCUGGGAGCCAGCACUGCCACAGUAGCGUUGGGAAGGUGGGUUUAAGAUACUGGCUUCUCUGCCCUGGGCUCUGACUGCAGUAUCUGCCCCUGCCAUGUGGCCGGCACUCAACUAUGCCUCCUCUUCACUGAGCUCAUUUGAGAUGCGCUCCCAUCUUCCUCUUUUCUGAUUAUAAGUCACAGGGUCAAGUGCUGAGUGGUGCGGCCACAAAGGGAACUCGGAGCUCUAGAGUGAGCAGGGUGAGAGAGCAGAGGGGCUUAGGUGAGCAAGCAAGGGGGCUGGGGGGCAGGGGUGCUGCCAGGGACCAUGGCAGAGGCCAUCACCUACGCGGAGUUGCGGUUUGUGAAGGCUCCUCUGAGGAAGAAGGUCUCCAACACUGGGCAGGAGUCUGAUGAGGAUGGGGAGGUCACCUACGAGAAUGUGCAGGUACCUUCAGCCCCAGAGGCGCCUGCAGGUCUGACACUGCCCUCCGGAGCAGGGGACCAAACAGCAGUCCAGAUAGAGCAACCAGCUGCAUCCUGGAGCAGCACUGCCUCCCCAACCACCAAGAGGAUAUACUCAUGCCGUGGCCACCCCUGCUGCUCACAGCACCUCCUGCUGGGUCUGCUCCUCACCUGCCUGCUGCUGGGGGUGGCUGCCAUCUGCCUGGGAGUGCGAUAUCAGCAGACAUCUCAGCAGUUUGGGGAGCUAAGCAGGGUGCUGGAAGCCACCAACAGCAGCCUUCAGGAACAGCUCCACCUUAGAACUGUCCAGCUGGGGCAGAUGGAAAAGGACCUGCAAGACUCCAAGACAGAGAUGGCCCGGAGACUGACAGCACUACAGGAGGAGCAGAGGGCACACCAGCCUGUCCGGGAGCAGCUGCAGGCCUGUCAGGCAGACAGGGAGAAGACACAAAAGACUCUGCAGGCCAUGCAGCAGAAGCUGAACCACCUGCAGGACACAGUGAAGCUCCUGCUCACCUGUCCCUCACAAGGCAUCUGCUGUGUGGUGGGCUGGAUAUUGAAUCAGAGAAGAUGUUUUCACAUCUCACUCACUAAGAGAAAUUGGCAGGAAAGCCAGGAGUAUUGCAAAUCCCUGUCUUCUGACCUCACCACAUUUACAGACAUUCCUUCGGGGUAUUAUUCAGAAAGUUCUUCCCGGAGGAGCUUAUUGUUGCAGUUAUCCGUGGACACUCCAUACUGGGUUGGCCACAGCUCAAACAAGCACCAAUGGAGUUAUCAGGGGUGCUCCAGUUUAGGUUAUUAUUCUAACCAAUAUUGGCGCCUGGAGUCACAGGUGUGCAGUACCCCUCUUCCCUGCAUCUGUGAGAUGAUGUCCUUUAGUUUUCCUGGUAUGAGUUAGCACUUUGUAGAAUUCAGGUGUUCAUGCCAGAUUCCAGUGGGGCUGUUCCCUCUCACCUAGGGCCUGCAGUGCCCAGCAUUUCCUCACUGGGCAGUGGCCAGAUGAGGCCUGAUCCACACCUGACCCUUGUCACCAGCAUGCUGCCUGCUCCAAAUGUUUUCCCAGAAACUGGCUGUUCCUUGGACAAGGGUGAAGAAUCUUCUAGAAGAGACUCUGGACAGCUUGGCCAAGAAGCUGUCCUGAUG